UGUAGGAUAAGGUAGCAUUAUUUAUGCGCUAAUGUCAUGGCACUGCCUUCCUAAUCAAUGGGAAUCGUAUUAGUUUACAUUACUUCCCGGGAAUUGCUGAAUUGAGUGUUUUACAGCUCGUGUAGUUAUUUUGUAUUAAAGCCCAGCUGAAAGAAUUGCUCUAUUAUAUCCUGACCGUUUAGACUACCCAGAAGGGUCUGUUCCGCUUGGAUGCUCGGUGCAGUGAGUGCCUCGCCGAGGACAGCUCGUGUGCCUGCUCUGCUCCGAUUAGGGGAGGGAAACUGAUGCAUCACAAGUGAAGACCCAGAAAGGUACCAAAAGGAUUCCUCCAUACAUUUGUGAUUGGAUGUGAGUCUACCUUGACCCCACAAAACUGAAGAUGAUGUUGCUAUGGAAACUGCUGGUGCUGCAGUCACUCAUGGGGUUCCUAGCAGAGAGCAGUGUCCUGCAGAGCCCAGUAUUCACCAAGCAGCCUGGCAGCAUCGUGUUCCCUGUGGACUCCCAGGAGAACAACAGAGAGGUGGUGUUCAGCUGUGAGGCCCAGGGAAGCCCAUCUCCACUUUAUCGAUGGAAAUUGAAUGGCACCGCAAUCACUCCAAAAUCAGGCUCACACUACAGCCUGUCUGGAGGCAACCUCCGAAUCAGCCAUUUGAACAAAGACCAGGAUGCUGGAACAUAUCAGUGCCUCGCCUUCAACUCUUUUGGGACCAUCGUGAGCCGAGAGGCCAGACUAACCUUUGCAUACAUGGAAAACUUCAAGACCCACAGAAGAAGCUCAGUGUCAGUUCGCGAGGGACAGGGGGUGGUGCUGCUGUGUGGUCCCCCAUCUCACUCUGGAGAUCUGACGUUCUCUUGGAUUUUUAAUGAGUACCCCUCAUUUGUGAAGCAGGACACACGUCGCUUUAUCUCCCAGGAGACUGGGAAUCUAUACAUCGCUAAAGUGGAGCCUUCUGAUGUGGGCAACUACACCUGUGUGGUGACCAACACUGUCACCAAGACCAGGGUCCAAGGCCCGCCCACUCCUCUGGUGCUGCGCAGUGAUGGUAUAAUGGGUGAAUACGAGCCAAAGAUUGAAGUUCAGUUUCCAGAGAUUGUCCAUGUAGCCAAAGGAUCGACAGUGAAACUGGAGUGUUUUGCAUUAGGAAACCCUGUCCCCUCCAUAAACUGGAGGAGAAUGGACGGAAUCCCCUUUUCUAGGAAGGUGGACGUGAGGAAAGCCAGUGGCGUUCUGGAAAUCCCCUAUUUCCAGCAGGAAGACGCGGGCACAUACGAGUGUGUGGCAGAGAACUCCAGAGGGAGGAACACUGUAAAAGGAAAACUCUCUUUCUACGCCCCUCCACAUCUGAUAGAGAAACCCCAGGAUGUACAGAAGCCCAUUGACGACUCUCUGGUGUGGGAAUGCAAGGCCACUGGAAAGCCCAAGCCCUCAUAUAGGUGGAUGAAGAACGGAGAGAACCUGGAGUCACUGGAGGAGCGCAUACAGGUUGCCAAUGGGGCGUUGUCAAUCAGCCGACUGACGCUGUCCGAUAUUGGAAUGUAUCAAUGUGUGGCUGGAAACAAACAUGGGGAGGUCUACUCCAAUGUAGAGCUCAAAGUCAUAGCUGUUGCCCCAGAUUUCUCCCAGAACCAGCUGAGGAGCCACACCAUGGUGAAGGAGCGAGGAGAUGUGCUGAUCGAGUGCAGGCCCAAAAUGUCCCCCUGGGGUGUGAUCUCCUGGAGGAAGGGCAGUGAGACUCUACGAGAGAGCAACAGAGUUUCCAUUCUGGACAACGGAAACCUCCGGAUACAGAAUGCAACCAAACCAGAUGCAAGCCUUUACACUUGUGUGGCAAGCAACCAGUUUGGAGUGGCAAGCAGCUCCGGGACUCUCAUGGUCAAAGAGCCGACCAUUAUAACCACGCCACCGUCCACCCUGGAUGUGACUGUAGGAGAGAGCAUUGUGCUGCCAUGUCAGGUGACUCAUGACCCAUCUCUGGAGCUCAAGUUCACCUGGUUCUUCAACGAGCAGCUGAUCCACUUUGGCAACCACGGCGGAUACUUUGAAAAAGUGGGCGGUCAGCAUUCAGCUGGGGACAUCAUGAUUCGGAAUAUCCAGCUGAGACAUGCAGGGAAGUACACCUGUGCGGUACAGACCAAGGUGGACAGCAUCUCCAUCGCAGCAGACCUGGUGGUCCGAGGUCCCCCAGGCCCACCCACCAGCAUCCAUGUAGAAGAAAUCAGUGACACCACAGCCUCUCUCUCCUGGAGGCCCGGGCCUGAUAAUCACAGUCCAGUUACCACAUACACCAUCCAGGCCAGGACACCAUUCUCCCUGGGCUGGCAGGCUGUCACCACAGUUCCUGAGGUGGUUGGGGGCCACCGUCUGACAGCUACAGUAAUAGACCUGAGCCCCUGGGUGGAAUAUGAGUUCAGAGUCCUGGCAAGCAACGCCAUUGGGACCGGGGAGCCCAGCAAAACAUCCAAACAAGCAAGGACAAAGGAAACAUCUCCGAAGGUCACACCAGCUAAUGUAAGCGGAGGUGGAGGCAGUCGCUCAGAAUUAGUGAUCACUUGGGAGCCUGUUCCUGAGGAGCUGCAGAACGGGGGAGGGUUUGGCUAUGUGGUGGCCUUCAGACCGUACGGAGCCACAGGCUGGAUGCAGGCCGCAGUGCCCUCACCAGAAGCCUCCAAAUAUGUCUUCAAGAACGAGAGCAUCCAGCCCUUCUCCCCCUUCCAAGUGAAGGUUGGAGUGUACAACAAUGAAGGGGAAGGCCCUUUCGGACCCGUCAUCACCAUCUACUCUGCAGAGGAAGAGCCUGGCAGAGCGCCCACCAGGAUCCGAGCCAAGAGUCUGUCUGCGUCUGAGAUUGAGGUUUCAUGGAAAGCCCUGCCUUGGAACACCAGCAAGAGAAGAGUUCUAGGCUAUGAGUUGAGGUACUGGGAGAAGAGAGAGAAGGAGGAGGCAGCCAGUGUGCAGAGGACGGUAGGCAACCAGACGUCAGCCAUUAUCCGAGGGGUGAGAGGAAGCAACACGUACUACGUCACAGUGAGAGCGUACAACACGGCCGGGGCUGGGCCUCCUAGUACAACUGUCAAUGUCACCACCAAGAAACCACCGCCCAGCCAGCCCCCGGUGAAAGUGAUGUGGAACACAUUGAAUUCCAAGAUAAUCCUGAACUGGGAGCAGGUCAAAGCCCUGGAGAACGAGUCAGAGGUCACCGGCUACAAAGUGCUCUACAAGGGUAACCGACACAGCCGUCCUAGUGUCAUGGAAACCAACACAACGUCGGUGGAGCUCUCCCUGCCUAUGGAUGAGGAGUACUUCAUCCAGAUCAAACCAUUUGGGGAGGGAGGAGAGGGGAGCAGUAGCAGACAGAUUACCAUCCCCAGAAUACCAGGUCCCAAUGCAAUUGGCUCGGCGACCAAGGUCUCUACUUUAUCAGCCCUCAGUACAAUAGCACUGUCUUUCACAGCGCGGACAUCGUUAUGACAAACCGCUACCAGCGAACAUUGCAUCUGAUGUGGAGGCAACUUGACAACGGAACAGAAACACCAACCACCCAGUCUGGUGUAACUAGAUCCAUUCAUUUAGAUUUUAGAGGCAGGAGGAUGAGCGACAUUGGAAAACAAAGUCACUGAGAUGAGAGGGAGAGAAAGGGCCCCCCUUCAGCACCCCGUCCGCCGGUGAGAACAGGAAAUCGACUGAUGUCUUGACUCUGUUGUUACCAAAGCAGCUUUCAUAAAAAAAGAAAAAUGUCUUAUAUGCAUCUUUUGUAUGACAUGUCUAGCUUUUAUAGAUUUAUUUUGAAACCAAUUCAUAAUUGGUCUGGGCUUUUUAUAAAAGGUUGAGGUGAGUUCAGUGCAUGGUGCAUACCUACAUACAGAUCUGACUGUUUUAGAAUUUUAAAAGUUUUCAGUUUGUUGGAAAGAGCACUUUUGUCAUCUGAAGUGAAUACCAACUUUUAGUUAAAAAAAACAACCUGUAACUGUGGUUUCAUGUCAAACAAAGACCAUAGUUCAGUCUUCUUAGAAAUGUAUGAAUUGUUACCACCAUCUAGACUGAUAUGAUGAGUAACUCUUUUUUUUAUUACUCCAAAAAAACAUUGCACUGACGCCUGAUGAAAAAUUUGACUUGAAAGAAAUGUGACAAACUAUGUUAAAGGAUGAGAGUGACUUUAUUGUCCCUCGCUGGUUUGGAGUCCCAUCUUCCACAGGUUGCCCUGCCUUGACCAUUUAAUUGCGCUGGCUGUCUGUCUCAUCCGCUCAUCAUCCUCCUCAUCUUCUCAGUUAGCCGUGUGUCUUCUCUACAUUUUACAUUUCAGUCAUUUAGCAGACGCUCUUAUCCAGAGCGACUUACAGUUAGUGAGUGCAUACAUUUUUCAUACUCUAAAGCUAUUCUAUUCUUUGCCUUGUGUGUGCCUCAUCAUUCGUUCGAAAUCCUCAGGUCCUUAAAGAGCCUUAACUUAUCUAUCAACAACUAUUAUAAACAUAGAUGUCUGUUGUUAUACAGCUGCUGUAUGAUGUGUAGCUACACACUGUAUUAAUAGACAGAUUAUUACCAUUCCAUGUAUAAUCCUAUGGUCAGGAGUUUUUUCCUGGUCAGGUUAUGUGGUCAAGACAUACUCCUUGUCCUAGUCAUAUAUAAUAGUUAGGGCCAGGGGGUUUUCUGACCAUGUGACCUGACCAGGAAAAACUCUGUCAUUCUUUAUGAAGGAGAAGUGUGUUUCAACAGCGUAGUGCUGUUCAGCAUGGUUUAAGGGUAACAUGGGAAACUUGGGACAUUUUAGUAGGUCCACUGACUGCAUCCCUACUAAAAGAUAAAUGCUGCUGAUGAUUUUUCCUUUUCCUUCUGAUGCCAUGUGAUACUGGUACAGUACAGUACAGUACAAUACAGUACCAUACAUAUGUAGCUUGUAAUCCAGUGAAAAAGUAAAAAGUGCAGGUAGUUUGUAGUACUUUCAAGGGGAAGUUUGACUCCAAAUCAUGCAUCGAGAAAUGUGUAAUAUACUCUUUUGUACACUUCAGAUCAUUUAUAUAAAAGAAAAACCUUUCUAAAGAGCUGAUUAACCUGGUUUUUAUGAAAUAACACAAAUGUUUCAUACAGUAGCUAAAUGUCGCUCAGCAUGACUGUAUUUGCCCUUAUUUUCUGUCCAUUUGCUAACUGACUGAAUGGCUUGAGACCAUGCAAAGAGAUAGCAGGUUUGUGUAUCUGUACCCAUACAAGUCAAACCACUUUUACGUCUGUGCUUCUGUCUCAAACAGCUGUUCUCCUGUAGGCCUACACACUUUGGGAUUUACCGCUACUACCAUCCAUUUACUCCAUGUGAAGUUCUGUUAUUUGCUGUUGUUGGAUGUUUAUACUGUGUUAAUGAAUAAAGUUGAUUGAUUUAUAUAA